AUGAAUUUCCUGAAGAAGAUGCUUCAGGAUUAUGACAUGAACUUCAAGGAGCGUUGGAUCGACUUGUCUCAGGGAGUCGAUCGAGGGAAUGACAGUCUUGCCGGGUCCGGGAUCGCAGGGUGCCUGACGGGAAAGGGCAUCCCAUUUGUGACCACCCACGGGGGGGCCCGUAUCUGGCACGGAAGCCCUGUCGUUGCAAGGCCUGCCUCUCGAUCGAAUUGUUGA